UUGCAAGUGAGGAACUGUCGCGUCCGCGUGGCGUUGCGAACGCGGCGUACAACGCGACGUUACGGGAGCGCGCGCGCGUCCCCUCCCCCCCGGCUCCGGAGGACUCGCCUGCUGUGUCUCUUCUUUCUCUCCCCCUUUCUUCUCUCUCCCCCUUUGUGCCAUUGUGUGAAGGAUUUCUCCGCGAAUAUUCGGGCCGGAGAGCGGCUGGAGUCGAUCCGCAACCGAUCGGCCAAAGCGAGCAGCGAGGGGGUCAGAUGUCGCACGCGGCACCGGCCCCUUGACCUUCGCCGCCACGUUGUUGUGACCGCCGAGGAGAAGGAUCGUUCUCAACCUUGGGGACCCUUGGAGCCAUGGAUAAAGACGCUCGACGGAAGUGCGGGAAAGUGCGACGUGCUCUGUUUCACCUGCUGCUGAUAGUGGGGGGCGCGACGGGGUUGAAGGAUUUGACGAUCAACGUGCCAGCGGUUGUGCGAUCGGGCGACACAGUGACACUCUCCUGCCAUUACGAUCUGGAAGGAUUGUCAUUGUACACGAUACAAUGGUUCCUCGAAGACACGGAAUUUUAUCGAUACCUGUUCGAGGCGGAUCCGCCCUACACCAUAUUCGAGGUCGAUGGAAUACACGUGAACAUUUCCAAGUCGAAUUCGCACGACGUGACCCUGGUCGACGUGUCGAGGAAGAUGACGGGGAUGUACAAGUGCGAGGUGAUGAGCGGGAAACCCUUGUACCACGCGCAGAUCAAAAAGGCCAGGAUGGAGGUGGUGGACGCGCCGAGAACGGACCCCACCAUCGACACCGAGAAGGAGAGGAUCGCCGUGGGCGAGCUGCUACGGGCGAACUGCACAACGGGCAACUCGAGGCCCGCCUCCGCCAUCACGUGGAAGUUGAACAAGGAUCUAAUCGCCAACGACAGCUUGGUAUACAGGACGAGAUACUUCGCCAUACCGCAGGAGGACGGUUCUCAGGUGUCCAAGUCGACGAUAGACUUCAAGGUGACGAACGACAUGUUUCGAAACGGGAGGCUGCUCUUGCAGUGCACGGCCUUCAUCGCGGACGUGUACAGGGAGUCCGCUGAGAUCGAGAUCAGCGAGGACGCGCCACGCAUAGCCUCCAUCACCGGCGAAUCUCCACCGCGUGGACACCACAGCGGCGGUUCCGCAAGCCCGUGCUUAACCUGGACUGCCAUGACGAUGAUCUUCACUCUACCUGCCAUCUCGUUUCUUCUUUAUCCUUCAGUGACAAUAACCGUGGCGCGUACAGCCACGUGCAAAACUACACCUGCCAACAGGUAGCUCGUACGCCGAUAUACCACUAUACUCACUGCCUGAUUCAAUUAAAAACAAGAAGGAAAGAAAGAAGGGAAGGAAGAAAGAGAAAAAGAAGGAGAAGAAGAAGAGGAAGAUGGAGAAAAUAAAAAAAAGAAAAACAUCGUCCAUGUAAAACCUAGUAGUCUAGGGCUUCCAGUUAUGUAUGUUACUAUGUAUGGAGUAGAUAGCUCGAAUAACAAUUGAUUUUUAUUCACGAGUGGGCCUGUGUGUUAAGCGGGAGGUCGAGAAGAGUAUCGAGUAAGGAAGUAUCGAUUUCGUUCUUUUUUUUUUUCGCGAGUGAUUACGUACGAUUAAGCUCGAACAACACGAUGUCCUUGUGAUCCUGCAGCUAAUUCGACAUUUUUUUGUAUUUUUAAUAAAUGGCGAGAUAGGGUGAAUCGCAAAUGGUUAGGAAGCAUAGAUAGAACAUGUCGAUCGCAGCGACAUCUCUGCAAGAUUGCAACGAUGCUGUGUUGCUUGUCUUUAACACGAGGACUUUAAGCUGUGUCCUCACCGAUAAUACUGUUUUGUUUCUCUUAUCCUUGGUUAAAGUUUCUUUCCUUUUCUGUUUCUUUUUUUUUUUUUUGUUUUUCUUCAAAACGUAUUAAUAAUUUAUAUUCGAUCUUUAAGCGAGAUCAGAUUUGUAUAGAAAUAAUUAUCCGUUUUAGGAGUCGAAAAGACACUUUUAUGUAUUCCGCACUUGUACAUACUUCGAGCCUUUUUCAAGAGAAGAAGCGGGAGAGCUCAGUGAGAAUACAGCUUUAGGCACAUUAUCUGUGAGAUCUCGCACCAGAGACCUGUACGCGACGGAGCAUCACCGAUAUGCUUUUAAAGUAAAGUAAUGGACACCUUAUACGUAGCUACGCGUACGUAACUCGGACGCGACAUCUCGUGGAGAGACAGAGAGUCUUAGUUCUAUUUCCCAAAGGAGAUCGUCGUGACGUAUAAAGUCACUCACGAAAGUUUUCGUAGAACCUAUAAAAAGGCUAUUUUUAUUAAAAAAAAUAAUAAUAAUUGUAUAAUAAUACCAUUAUUUAUCGAUGCAAUAAGGAAAAAAUUGUAAGAAAAGACGAGCUCCUCAAAGAAAUAUUCCAUUAUUCGAAACGGAUAAUUGGAUAAAAACAAAAUAUAAUAGUAAAUGUGUAAAUUAUAUAUUUCGUGAAAAACCUAGUUGGCAAUAAUUAAUUUCCGUAACUUUUAAGGUAUAAAUUUAUAAAUUUCAUAUUGAUAAAAUUAAGUGUCUUUAUAAGUUAUAUGAAGACAUUCAUGAGUGAUAACAGACGAAGUGAAACGAGUUAUUUCGUGGCUGAAAUUUUCUCGAAAUACCUGACACUAAGAAAGAAAGAAAAAAAAAAUAAAAAAAUAAAAAAGAAAGAAAAAAAAUGAUGGAUAAAGGAUAAGAAUACGCGGUGGUUAAAUUCGAGGGGAGAACAGGGUGAAUCCUCUUAGGAGACGAAGAUGUUAUCGUAACCUCCUGUAACGCAAAUGCACGCCCCUGCGUAUAAAAAAAGAAAAAAAAAGAAAAGAGAGAAAAAAAAAAACAAUUACGCUCAUCGAUCGUUAUUGCUCUGGCUUCUGGUUGAUUUUUUUUUUCUUUUUUUACCAUGAUUGUUGAUGGUCUCUUGUUCAAAUUUCAUUAUUUAUUUAUUUAUUUAUUUUUUUCGAUGGUCUACGUUUCUUUUUUCGAUUCGAUUUCACUCGAAUUCAUUUAUCAAACCCCAGUGUUCAUUCAGAGAGCGAGUCGAGGAUAUAUAUAGAUAUACAUACAGGGGUAAAUUAAUAUUAACCGAGUACGAAUAACGUUAGCGCAGCGACGAACGGCGUUCUGCUCAAUAUCCGCUCCUUUUAAGAUGUCUAACGAGGAACGCGACACCAUAGGUACCGAUUUGUAAUCUGUACAAAUUGUAAUAAAUUACCAUACGAAAUACAA